UCUUGCUAAAUCUUCAGAGGGUUCCUCUCUCUCUCUAAAUUCAAAAGCUCUGAUAUCCCCCUUCUCUCUCUCCCAAUGCAGAAAAGUCAACAUCAAGAAAUCCCAUGGCAGCCCCUGAGUUGCUCUAGAUCCAACUUCACGAAGAUUUUUUGGCAAAUCAAAUUUAUGGGUUUUUUGAUUUUUGGAAAACCCAUCUGUUAAUUUUUCGUUACGUUGUUGUCAUUUGCCCCAUUUCACCUAUCUGUCGAUGUAAAAGUUUGAGCUUUGAGCAUAGGGAGGUUCCAGGUUUUCGCUUUUGCCUCAUUUUCAGCCCAUUCUUUCUCUCGUUUUAAGAUUUGCGCUGAGAAAAUAUGUGGGUGCUUGAUAUUUUAAGACAUUAACCUCUCUCUUAAUUUCCUUUCUCUUGUACUUAUGCCCCAUUUUGCAUGCACAUUUUCUCUCUCUCUUUCUCUGACUUUUGGUUGCAAGUUCCCUCCAAAUCCCCAGCAUUCCUUUCCGUUCUCCUCUUUUUUGAGGGGUUUCUUCCCUCUUCCCCUCUCUUAUUCAUGGGAUUUUGAUUGCUUUUGAACAAACCCAGUUCUUAUUUUUGUCCAUUUUUUGUUGUUUUUGCUCAAUUUUUAGCUAUUACCUCUUCCCCCUCUUUCUCAUCAAAAAUGGUUUUUUGGGAGGGGUAUUUGAGUGAUGAGGCAAUGGGCACUUUUGCGCCCAUAGUGGUUUACUGGUUGUAUGCGGGAAUGUAUCAAAUUUUGCCUCCUUUGGAUCGCUAUCGCAUGCAUACGAGGAAAGAGGAAGAACAAAAGAAUUUGGUUCCCAUUUCUUUGGUUAUAAAGGGGGUUCUUCUUCAGCAGCUAGUUCAGGCCACUGUUGCUCAGGCACUUUUUUGGAUGACAUCAAGAGCAGGGUUAACAGGUGUGACAGUGCAAGCAUCCCUCGCAGUCCAAGCCCUUCAAAUUUUGAUCGCUAUGUUCGUCAUGGACACAUGGCAGUAUUUUGUGCACCGCUAUAUGCAUCAAAAUAAAUUCCUAUACCGCCACAUCCAUUCUCAACACCACAGACUGGUAGUGCCCUAUGCUAUAGGGGCUCUCUACAACCACCCUCUUGAGGGCCUCUUGCUUGAUACUUUUGGUGGAGCCCUUUCAUACCUUGUCUCAGGGAUGACGGAGAGGACUGCCGUUGUGUUCUUUUGUUUUGCAGUGGUAAAAACUGUUGAUGACCAUUGUGGCCUUUGGCUUCCUGGCAAUAUAUUUCACCUUGUUUUCCAAAACAACACGGCUUACCAUGACAUCCACCACCAACUCCAAGGCACCAAGUAUAACUAUUCACAACCAUUCUUUGCAAUUUGGGAUAAGCUACUUGGGACCCAUAUGCCAUAUAGUUUAGUUAAGCGCCCUGAAGGUGGAUUCGAGGCAAGGCCUGUAAAGGAUUAGUUUUCCUUUAGACAAGAAAAUCACGAUUUUUUUCUUUUUCAGUGUGCGAGAUAUAUUAAUGCGUAUAAAUGGUGGGUUGGGGAGAAGGGAUGAUGAAGAAGAGGCUUGGAACGUGGUUGUAUAUAUGGCCUAUUUGAAUCUUGGGUUUGCCUUGUGUAGAAGAGAGUGGGGCAUGGGGUGGUUUUUCGGGAUAGCUUUGUAAUGUGAUGGUUCCUGUCAUUGUUGGAUUGGUAAUCAAUUGUCUCUGUUCCGAAAAGAAGGGAUGCGAUGUUUUUGUGUGGGUUUUACUUUUUAACGAAUCCUUAUACAUAUUUGUUGGAUGGCCUGUAGAAUUUUAGUGCAGGUCAUGAGUGUGUUGUAUUGUGCUUGGGUGUUGUUUUCUUUAACACCACUUUUUGUGUAGGUAGGAAGAUCAAGAACACGGAGUAUCUUUAGAUUUAUAUUACAUUGUGAUCAUUGUGUUCUUAUCAUUCCAUCAAAGAAGAUUAUGAGGUUGAUUUUUC